CAUUAAGGGAUACAAAGAUCCAUAGAUGACGCAAAUGCUGACGCUGCCCAAGAGGUGGUGAUGAAUCGUCGGGCUGUCUGAUCGAAUGGGCGACGAUCGCCAUUGUGGUAUAGUGUCUCACCGCGUCAUCUAUGGCGGAGACGAUGUAUUCAACGCCCCAUCAGGAGCUGAUCUCAACCCGAGCCGCGUCGCUCAUCCGGGGAAGCUGAUGGGGACGGCCUGUCGGUAUCCUCUGUGCUGCUUCCGGCGCAAGCCUACUUGGGAGGCAAUCUCCGUGAGACAUGUGAGCAGCAAAAGGUGCGCCUUGAGUGGGCCGGGUGUCUUCCUCUCGCGUGCCGCCGACGAAAUUGCAGCUAGGCUGACAGGCGCGUCUGAUCCGGAGCGGCGUGAGAGCGACACCGGGGCCACCGGCAGUUCAAAGGCAGAGAUGAGAGAAAGCGGAUUAAAGCGCGGAGGCAGAUUGGACAGGGCCCUUCCUUCCAUAUUGGGCCACUACCAUCAGGGCAGCCACCGCCAUGCGUCCCUAGCCGGCGCGUAGCGGCAGAACGAAUAAAACGACGCAGGCCCUCUGGCCUUGACCGAGUCCCCGCCCAUGUGCUUGCCCUUCUGCUCGUUCCGCCCGCUUCGUCCCCUCCUGCUUUCUCUUCCCCCCGGUGGACUCUGAACCGACUUGCUCUUGCCCUCGAAGAGUUGUCAGCAACGCACUUGGCCCUUGCACGAGGCCAGCGGCCAGUCAUAUCAGCGGCAGACGUCAUUAUUCGUUCUCGUUCCCCGACCUCUUAUUUCUUC